GACGACUUAUCCGGUAGCACGCCGGCCACCCUGAAAACACAACUCACACAUGCCGUGACAGCAGCAGCGGAAUGUCGUGACAUUAGGAAGUGGUUGAUGAGACAGUAGUCUGUAGAGACGUUCAGUAAUUAACAUGGCAGAAGCGUCCAACCGAGCAGAUGUGCCAGAGAAACGUCCGCCCCAGAACCGGAUCCUUCUGCACCCUACGUAUCAGCAAAUGAAGAGCCUGGAGGUUGAGGACAGUGCACAAGUACACGUAGCUUUCCUCGUGUAUAUGGAUCUUACUGAAGUGCGUCAAUGGAAAGAGGUGUCUUGUGUCAAGAGUCCUGAGCUGCAGGUGGUUUUGCUGGAAGGGAGGGAGAAGGAAGGAGCACCCGUCCAGACAAUUCUUCCACUGCCUGCUCACCGAUCUCUGAGCCACAAAAGCAUACGUCAGGUGCUGGACAGAGGCUUUCCCAUGCUGCUGUGUGCAGUAGCUUCUGACUCCACCCUUGUCUACCAGAGGAUGACUGAUGGGUUGGUGACACCGGACCCUCCCGCUGGCCCCUUCCAGGAUUUGGGACGCCGGCAGCACCGGAAGAGACGGCAGAUGCACUGACCAGCUGGAAUGAGAAGACGCCUUGGUGUUGUUGGUGAAACAUAGAAGAGCAGGAUGGGACAGGCAGUCAGGUCUGUCUGUGUAAGCCAGUCCUAAAAAAAAAACGGUGUACUGAGAACAUGGAAGCAGGAGCAAAUGGUCCGCACCACAGUGCCCUUCUAGGUGCUCCAAGUGAGAAACACCCGGCUGCAUCCGGCCAGUGAAGUGGAAUUCAGUGGUUUACCAAUGUUUUGGCUUGUGUGUCCUUAAAACUUUUGACCCAGUAUGUGGUUACAUGCUUUCUGCAAAACCUUCAUGCUGGACCUGAUGAGUUGGAUCCCAGGGCAUAAAGAAUUUGUUUUGGAUACAUCACUACUAGAGACAUUGAUUAUUAAGACAUACUUUUGUAUUUUUGUAUUUUAUUUUGUUAGUUCCUUUAAAGGUGCUGUACUCAAUAUCCAGCACAUAUUUGUGUGUAUGCACGUGCAUGUUAGUGCGUGAGAGUGCCUUGUGCAUCGGCAUCAGACUCCGAGGGCCUCUAGAAAGCCUCGGUAUAUUUGACGAGUGGGGGAACGCUCUGUAGCAAUGGCUGCGAUAGUAUGAGGGUUGGAAGUAACAAAUAUUAGUUGCUAAAAAUAGCAGAGUUUUAGAUGAUCAAGUGGUUUGAUUCAUUUAAAGCCGAUUUGAUAAACACAUCGUGUUAAUGUGUGAUUGUUGAAUCUUGGCUAACCCUUUGAAACACCAAAGUCACACAAUAACACUAACUAACUAACUAACCGAUCGAGGCAUUGGUAGGCCAGCAUCUCGUGUUCCGCGAGGUAAAAGUACUGAAGUACUGUUUUUGUCGAAGGAGUCUGGUGGCUUUGAAUAGAUCAUCAGAAAGGGCUGUUCAACAACAAGGUAAAGCGGUGAAAAUAUUCUAAAUGUAGUGUAGACUUAAACUAAUAAACCUUUUUUUUUUUUUUUUACAUGUGCCUUUUUUAGGAGGCUAUAAAACGUUUUGCUGCCCCCCCCCUGGCCACAGCCGUACAUUGCUUAGCUUCUGUGUCAGGACUGCCGACUGCUUCUCCAAAAUAAGGGCGUACUGACCACAAUUCACUGUAGGCAAUACAUCGACUAUGGAUACAACCACAUACCACUUCAGAAUAUCUGAAUUAUCCCUUUAAUAUCUCUAAAAGUUUACAUUGUCUGAUAAUAUCAGCCACACCAGUGUGCCAAUUGGGCUCUAAUUCCUAGCUGCAUCGAGCUCUAUUAAUCAUUUUAUCACCCAAAUUCACAUUUUCAUGAGCUUUGCCGCUGAUACAAGUUUUCAUUUUAUCAUGAAUUAGCAUGUGGUGCAGCAUAUUUAACACCAUUUGUUAACAUAGUAAUUGUAUACUGUUGACUAAAUGAUUCAUCCGGUGGGUUGUGCUGUCGGCUUUUUCAAGUAACACAACAUUGUCAGCUGUGUGGAUAGCUUACUAAAAACACUUUAUUUGUCUAGAAAAACAAAAAUUCAACAUGGAAAACAGAACACGACAACAUAACACUGGUGUGCGAAAUACGCAAUCAGACUACUAUGUGAUGUGGCAGUGUCCACCCUGUGGGUUUAACACGGUACAGAUACUGAAGCAGGGGACAUCAAUAUCCCUGCUGUGAGUGCGUUAAUGUCUUUUUAAUGGUGCAACAGUGUUUGAAUGAGAGGAAGGACUUGACUACAUGAGACAAAGAUUACAACACUUCAACCCUGAGCCUUAUUCAACAUAAAUACUCUAUAUAAUCGUAGCAGAAACAGACAUGGACAGAGACAAUGUACUGACCAUUGUACUGU